AUUGACAGAGAGUGGCGCCAUAUUGCGCUCAGCUGUUACUAGAGAGAGAAGGCGGUGGUCAGGAUUAGAAGCUGCGCACUUGCAUUCACUUUCACCUAUUUCAAAUGGACACAAUGGCAAGCCCAAUUAAAGAUAAUUAUAGAAUGAAGAGUUACAAGAAUAAAGCUCUGAAUCCUCAAGAGAUGCGCAGGCGAAGAGAAGAGGAAGGUAUUCAGCUUCGAAAACAAAAGAGAGAAGAACAACUUUUCAAAAGAAGGAAUGUUUCUCUUCCUGCAAAUGAUGAAUCCAUGUUAGAUUAUCCAAUACAAGAUCCUGACGUCAGUUCCACUGUUCCAAUUACAGGGGAAGGUGUAAUAACGCCUGAAAUGGUUCAGAUGAUUUUUUCAGAUGACCCUGACCAGCAGCUUGUAGCCACGCAAAGAUUUAGAAAGUUACUCUCAAAAGAACCUAAUCCUCCUAUUGAUGAAGUAAUAUUUUCUGUUGGUGUGGUAAAUAGAUUUGUUGAAUUUCUUAAAAGAAAUGAAAAUUGUACAUUACAGUUUGAAGCUGCGUGGGCUUUGACAAACAUAGCAUCUGGAACCUUCCAACAUACAAAAGUUGUUAUUGAAACAGGGGCAGUGCCUAUUUUCAUAGAGUUGCUUGAUUCUGAAUAUGAAGAUGUACAAGAGCAGGCUGUAUGGGCUUUGGGAAAUAUUGCUGGAGAUAAUGCCGAGUGUAGAGACUAUGUGUUAAACUGUGGGAUACUACCUCCACUGUUGCAGUUAUUAACAAAAUCAAGUCGGCUUACAACAACAAGAAAUGCAGUCUGGGCUUUGUCUAACUUAUGCAGAGGGAAGAAUCCUCCUCCUGAUUUUAGCAAGGUUUCUCCCUGUUUGAAUGUCCUGUCAAGGCUACUUUUCAGCAGUGAUCCAGAUGUUUUGGCAGAUGCCUGCUGGGCUUUAUCGUAUCUUUCUGAUGGUCCCAAUGACAAAAUUCAAGCUGUAAUUGACUCUGGAGUAUGUAGAAGGCUGGUGGAACUUCUAAUGCAUACUGAUUACAAAGUAAUUUCACCUGCUUUAAGGGCUGUUGGAAAUAUUGUGACUGGUGACGAUAUUCAGACUCAAGUAAUAUUAAAUUGUUCAGCGUUGCCAUGUCUUCUGCAUUUGCUUAGCAGUCCUAAAGAAUCCAUUAGGAAGGAAGCCUGUUGGACAGUUUCUAACAUUACAGCUGGGAAUAGAGCUCAGAUUCAGGCAGUUAUUGAUUCCAAUAUUUUUCCCCUCCUGAUUGAGAUUCUACAGAAGGCUGAAUUUCGUACAAGGAAAGAAGCAGCAUGGGCCAUCACUAAUGCCACUUCUGGUGGAACACCUGAACAGAUAAAGUAUUUGGUAUCAUUGAAUUGUAUCAAGCCACUAUGCGAUCUUCUAACAGUGAUGGAUUCUAAAAUAGUUCAGGUUGCUCUUAAUGGACUGGAAAACAUUUUGAGAUUAGGAGAACAAGAAGCCAAACAAAAUGGAACAGGCAUCAAUCCAUAUUGUGCCCUGAUUGAAGAAGCAUAUGGUUUGGAUAAAAUUGAAUUUCUUCAGAGCCAUGAGAAUCAAGAGAUCUAUCAGAAAGCUUUUGAUUUAAUUGAGCAUUAUUUUGGUGUAGAGGAGGAAGAUUCAAGUAUUGUUCCACAGGUGGAUGAAAGUCAGCAACAAUUUAUCUUUCAGCAACAAGAGGCUCCAAUGGAGGGAUUUCAACUUUAAUGGAACACACAGACACACACACACACACAUCAAAUCUCUAGAUGGAUUUUUUUUUCUCUGUUUUUUAAGUUAUUUUUUUAAGGUGCUUGGUAACACUUUAUGCAGCCAAAGCCUGACAGUCAUACGUUCGAAUUACCAUAAAGCAGCUUAUGCACUUAUUGAUAGAGAGGAGGAAAAUAUACUGCUGUAUUAAGACUUUUUUGACUCCUUGUGACCCAAUUUGUUUACUAGCAUGAAGAAAAGAAAUUUACAUUUCAUAUUUUUAGUCUUUUAUCGUCAAAUCAACAGGCAAAAGUAUACACUUUGAGUCUGAAACAUGGACAUGAAUCUAAAAUUAUCCACUCAUUAAUCUACCUCUUUCUUGCAUUAAGAUUAGAAAAAAGAAUUACGGAACAGUACACUUGUGUUACUUUAAAGUAUCGGAAUGUAAAAAAAAUGAAUAUUGUGAAUGAUCUAGUUAAGAAAUGUCAUUUGAUCACAGCAGGUACCUGGUUUGUCUUAACUUAUGUGGCUGCUUGUAUGAUGGCUUACUAUUGGUGUUAAGUUAUGCAGAUACACAGCUUUAACAUAGUCUGUGAAAUAUAUAUUUUCUUCAGCCUCUUUCCUUCAUUCCUCUGUUUUAACUCCUCUCUCUUUGUCUCUAGUCCUUUCUCUGCUGGAAAUCUAAUAAAAAUUUUGGGUAGAAAAUGUUAGGGCUAUAUUUGUUUGCCAAGGAGCCAGUAUUCUACAAAGUAACACCACCAAUCCCAAAACCCAAAAUGAGACUGCACUUAAAUUGUACAAAAUGUAAAAAAAAACUAAAUAAAAGAUUUGUGGUUUGCACAGUACUUUGACCAUGUAGUUAGUCUAUUUACUGCCUUCAUUGUAUUGAAAGAAUAUUUAAAAGUUUUCUAUUAUUUCAUACAAUAUACUAAAUGUAGUAGUCAUUUUGUAAUCUGUUUUGGCUUUGGAUUGUGGUUAAAAAGUGCAGUUACAGCACUGCUGAGUGUUAGAGGACACUACUAUGAUGCAGUUUUCUCUGUGCUGAAAGAUUUACUGAAGAUCAAGGUUUUUUUAUUAUUAUUUCUAUGAAAAUUGAGGAAUUUUUUGAAUAAUCAGUAAUGGCUCUAAGGUUUGUAGGAAUUUUUCUUCAUAUUUACAUGAAUGAAUUUAUUUAAAUACAAUAUGCAGUGGCUUUUUUGGGUACUAUUUCCUAAAUUGCUGUGGGCCAUGUGUUAAAUAUUUAGCCAUUAACAGAUUCUUUUUUUUAUUGUUGAAGUCUAUUUUGUCUUCCUUGUUUGUGAGUUUUUUUUUUUAAACUGGCAAGAGUAUGCUGUUUAAUUUGCCUAAUCAGGACUUGGUCAAGCUUGUUUUGAGAAACUCCUAUAAUUUAUAUAUGUGGCUUUUAUUUAUUUUUCCAUGCAAGCGUUCUAAUUCCAUGGCCAUUUUGUUUCCUUUUUCUUUUUUUUUUUUUUUUUUUUUUGUGUGAAUAUACUGUGAAUGUUGUAAAGAGAGUCUGAUUUACACACUACCAUAUCACUUUACAACUUGUUUUCAUUUAAGUGAAAUCAUGUCUUUUACAUUAUCACAAAUUCAAACCUCUAUGUAAUAAGAAAAUUUACAAGCAGUAUUGUUUACUAAGCCUUAGUGGCACCUUGAUGUGUAAGUUCAUCAUGGUUAUCUAAAAAG